CUGCGUGUCUGACCUUCAUAGCCGUAAUCAUGUUCGCCAGGACCAGCGUGUUGGUUUUCUCCCCACAAUGUGGGCAGGUCAGGAACAUGGCUACCUUGAAGGACAUCACCAUCCGGUUGAAGUCCAUCAAGAACAUCCAGAAAAUCACAAAGUCCAUGAAGAUGGUGGCCGCAGCCAAAUAUGCUCGUGCCGAGAAGCAGCUGAAGCCUGCACGUGUCUACGGCACCAGUGCUCUGGCCCUGUAUGAGAAGGGCGACAUCAAGGCGCCUGAGGAUAAGGUCAGCAAGCAUGUGAUCGUUGGUGUGACCUCUGACCGUGGACUCUGUGGUGCCAUCCACUCCGGUAUAGCCAAGACCAUCAAGAGUGAAAUCGCCAGUCUGACUGGUGCUGGCAAGGAGGUGAUGGUGAUCAAUGUGGGAGACAAGCUGAGAGGCCUGCUGCACAGAACUCAUGGGAAACACAUCUUGUUGAACUGCAAGGAGGUCGGCCGUAAGCCUCCCACCUUUAGUGAUGCUUCCAUCAUCGCUACUGAGCUGCUCAACUCUGGAUACGAGUUCGAUCGGGGCUCCAUCAUCUACAAUAGAUUCAGGUCUGUUAUCUCCUACAAGGCAGACAAGAAGCCGCUGUUUUCCAACGAUGCAAUCGCCUCCUCAGAGAACGUGGGGAUCUAUGAUGACAUUGAUGCUGAUGUGCUCAGAAACUACCAGGAGUUUGUUCUGGUCAACAUCCUGUACCUGGCUCUGAAGGAGUCCUCCACCAGCGAGCAGAGUGCCAGGAUGACCGCCAUGGACAGCGCCAGCAAGAACGCCUCUGAGAUGAUCGACAAGCUCACCCUCACCUUCAACCGCACCAGACAGGCCGUCAUCACCAAGGAGCUGAUUGAGAUCAUCUCCGGAGCUGCUGCCCUAUAAGUGGGUGGGAUCGUCAUGUCCACACCGAUAGCUCUUCAGAGUCCUCCAGACACGUUGUUGUCGAGUCUAAUGAACAUUUGUGCUUCUGUUUGUAAAAUAUAUGAAGAAAAUAAACUUACAAAGAAUCGUCA